CUGAGGAAUGAAACUUUCGCAGUACCUCGUAUUUGGACAUCCAAGAACAUUGUCUUUUUCAAGAUAAGGCGGUUUGAUGAACGACGGCGACUACUACUUAAAAUCCUCAUACUAACAAAAUCAGUUCAGUUUGUCGCAAGUGCCACUAACUGCGAAAACAAGUAUUCAACGUCGGCCUGUGUUACAUUGUUCGGUGUGGCAGUAGUCGAACAGGGAGCAGUAGACAGAGACGCCAAAUGCAGCAGGGAUGCAGCUGGCGCAAACCAAGAAUUGAAACAGCUCGCCAUUUCCACCUGUCCUAAACAUUGUGGUUAUUGUUGUGAAACUCCAGAAUACAAGUGUGAUAACAAAUUAUUACCACGAGUGAAAUGCGAAACGGUUACGCCCGCCCAGUGCACAGAUCCCACAUGGAGAGCUGUUCUUGCCGAAGAUUGUCCAAAAACGUGUGGACUCUGUCUUUCAGGUCUCAAAUAUGACAAAAAACACUUACAGAAUGCAGAGAACAAGUCAGAAAUAGCUGUUGGUUUUUAA